AAACAAGAAGAAGAGGGACCUCGUUUUAUUUCUCCCCGUGUCGAGUACUCAUAUUUCCGACCGUCCCUGAAGUGCACACCGUCCCGCAGCUGAAGUGAUCCUCCCGACCGACACCAACCAACCACCCACCCGCCACCUCCCCUCCUCCUCACCCGGGUACCCGACACCUUCAGCCGGCCAUGGCGCUCCGGAGCUUCUUCGUGGGAGGAAACUGGAAGAUGAACGGCGACAAGGAGAGUCUGGAGCGGCUGAUGUGCACCCUGAACACCGCGAGCCUGGACGACCGGACCGAGGUGGUGUGCGGCGCUCCCUCCAUCUACCUGGACUUGGUUCGGUCCGGUCUGGAUCUCAGGAUCGGCGUCGCAGCCCAGAACUGUUACAAGGAGGCCAAGGGAGCCUUCACAGGGGAGAUCAGUCCGGCCAUGAUAAAGGACUGCGGGGCCGACUGGGUGAUCCUGGGACACUCUGAGCGCCGCCACGUCUUCGGGGAAAGCGACGAGCUGAUUGGUCAGAAGGUGGCUCACGCUCUGGCGAGCGGCCUGGCGGUGAUCGCCUGCGUCGGGGAGAAGCUGGAGGAGCGCGAGGCCGGCACCACCGAAGAAGUCGUCUACGCUCAGACGAAGGUCGUUGCAGAGAACGUGACGGACUGGGGGAAAGUGGUGCUGGCCUACGAACCCGUGUGGGCCAUCGGCACAGGCAAGACGGCUUCACCUGAGCAGGCUCAGGAGGUCCACGAGAAGUUGCGUGCGUGGCUCCGAGCCAACGUCUCGGACGACGUGGCCGACUCUGUGAGGAUCAUCUACGGAGGUUCAGUAACGGCGACAAACUGCAGAGAGCUAGCAUCUCAGGGCGACGUGGACGGCUUCCUGGUGGGCGGAGCCUCUCUCAAGCCGGAGUUCGUCGACAUUAUAAACGCGCGUGCGUAGCGUUGCGUGCGUAGCGUUGCGUGCGUAGCGUUGCGUGCGUAGCGUUGCGUGCGUAGCGUUGCGUGCGUAGCGUUGCGUGCGUUGCGUGGCGUGCGUGGCGUGCGUUGCGUGCGUAGCGUGGCGUGCGUUGCGUGCGUAGCGUUGCGUGCGUUGCGUGCGUAGCGUGCGUAGCGUUGCGUGCGUAGCAUUGCGUGGCGUGCGUUGCGUGGCGUGCGUUGCGUGGCGUGCGUUGCGUGGCGUGCGUAGCAUUGCAUGCGUUGCGUGGCGUGCGUAGCGUGGCGUGCGUUGCGUGCGUAGCGUGGCGUGCAUUGCGUGCACGUGGCUCCAUUGAGACCAAAGAAAAACGCCCUUUAGAUUUUAUCCACAGACGUGUUGAAUUAGAUUGUUUUUAUUUUGAAAAAUAAGUGUUGAAUACACUAAAUAUGUACGUUUUCUGCACACUUUGCUCUAUAAUGUGAUAUUACAGCACAGACUCAAACUCCUUUAGGUCUGUUUCUACCAGUUACUGCAUCAAAAUAUCAUGCAGCUUGAUUUGUGUGGAUUUUAAAGGUCAGUAAACAUCAAACUGUUUGCGGCCCGAUUUUAAAUUAAAGAGGACGUGAGUUCAGCUUCAGGGGAUAAAAAAUAGUCUGAGCGGUUUCCUGUUUUUGUUUUCUUUAUUUAGAAGAAAUGUUGACGCAAACACGGUUUCCUUCAUCUUUUCCUCGUGAAAGGAAACACUGGCGUCGUUUUAAAGUUUCAGGAGUUCAUUUUGAGGAAUCUGUGUGUCGCCAGCACUCUUCGUAACUGUCACUUCAGGGCCCUUCAGAAUAAAAGCUCUGGAUAGAAUGUGAUUACAGUAGCAUAUAAAAAAAUAUUUCCGUUGUCACUGAGCUCACUCACUCACAUCGGGGACUUUUAUUGUGAAGUUGUAGAAGAUGUAGUUAACACACUGGACCUGAAUGAAUAAAUAAAACACGGAAAGACAUUUUGUUGG